AUGCUUCAUUCAACUCCUUACUACGCUCAGGUGAAUGGGCAAGCGGAGGCAUCAAAUAAGGUUAUUAUUAACCUUAUUAAAAGGCAUUUGGAAGAAAACCCUAGAGAAUGGGAUUCACUCUUGUCGACGGUAUUAUGGGCCUAUAGAACAUCGAAGAGAUCAAGUACGGGAGUCAGUCCAUACAUGUUAACUUAUGGUCAGGAAGCUAUGCUACCUGUAGAAAUUACAGUACAAUCAUUAAGAGUAAAAUUACAAGGGGGCAUGUCCAAGGAAGAGUAUGACGAGUUGAUGUAUGGAAACAUCGAUGAAUUGGGAGAAAGUAGAGUUAUAGCUUUGGAGAAAUUAAUUGCUCAGAAGAAUAGAGUUGCUAAAGCAUAUAACAAACAUGUAAAGGAAAAACGCUUCGAUAUUGGUGAUUUAGUUUGGAAAACUGUUUUGCCAGUAGGUUUGAAAAAUGAAAAGUUUGGAAAGUGGUCACCAAAUUGGGAGGGCCCAUAUUUAGUUACACAAGUUUUAAAUGGAAAUGCUUAUCAUUUGAUGGAUAUUGAUGGGUUUGGAGAAAUGCCUAGAUCAAUCAAUGGAAAAUAUUUAAAGAAAUAUUAUCCUACUAAGUAG